AGAAAUGGGUGACUGGAGUUUCUUGGGGAACAUUUUAGAGCAGGUGAACGAGCAAUCCACUGUCAUCGGGAGAGUCUGGCUCACAGUGCUCUUCAUUUUCCGCAUCCUGAUCCUGGGAACAGCUGCUGAGCUAGUGUGGGGAGACGAACAGUCAGACUUUGUGUGCAACACCCAGCAACCUGGUUGCGAGAAUGUCUGCUACGAUGAGGCCUUCCCCAUCUCCCACAUCCGCCUCUGGGUCCUGCAGAUCAUCUUUGUGUCCACGCCUUCGCUAAUGUACUUUGGGCAUGCGGUGCACCAUGUCCGCAUGGAGGAGAAGAGGAGAGAGAGGGAGGAAGCCGAGAGGCGUCAGCAAGCUGAGGUGGAUGAAGAGAAGCUGCCCCUGGCUCCAAAUCAAAACAAAGGCAACAACCCUGACGGGACCAAGAAGUUUCGCCUGGAGGGUACCCUCCUGAGAACGUACAUCUUCCACAUCAUUUUCAAAACCCUCUUUGAGGUGGGAUUCAUAGUCGGUCAGUACUUCCUCUAUGGCUUCCGAAUUCUCCCCCUGUACCGCUGCGGGCGGUGGCCCUGUCCCAAUCUUGUGGACUGUUUUGUCUCCAGGCCCACAGAGAAGACCAUCUUUAUCAUGUUCAUGCUGGUGGUGGCUUCCGUGUCCCUCUUCCUCAACCUGGUGGAGAUCAGUCACUUGAUCAUGAAAAGGAUCCGGAGGGCCCUGAGAAGACCAGCAGAGGAACAGCUGGGGGAGGUCCCAGAGAAGCCCCUCCAUGCCAUCGCAGUCACCUCCAUCCCGAAGGCCAAAGGCUACAAGCUGCUGGAAGAAGAGAAGCCGGUGUCGCACUAUUUCCCUCUCACAGAAGUAGGGGUUGAGCCCAGUCCCCUUCCAUCAGCCUUCAACGAGUUUGAGGAGAAGAUUGGGAUGGGACCAUUGGAAGAUCUCUCCAGAGCAUUCGAUGAGAGGUUACCAUCGUAUGCACAAGCGAAGGAACCAGAAGAGGAGAAGGUAAGAGCAGGGGAGAAGGAGGAACGAGAAGAGCAGCCAAGACCUCAGGAAGAGCCAGGGGUGAAGAAAGAAGAGGAGGCGGUGAGCGAUGAAAUUGAAGGGCCUUCAGCACCUGCUGAACUUGCCACUGAUAUGAGACCCCUCAGCAGGCUAAGUAAAGCCAGCAGCCGGGCCAGGUCGGAUGAUUUGACUGUAUGAAGGUGCAGGAUACAGGGAGCACAUGGAAAGGAAAAGGUUGAAGAGAAAAGGAGAGAUAGAGAAAGAAUCAAAAGAUAUUUUUAGGCAAAGUGCUAAAAUGGCCAUUUGAAUAGUAUUUCCUCUUGACAUUCUCAGCUGGAAAGGUCCUAUCACGGUAACUGUGCCUUAUUUGCCCUGUAUGUUCCAUUUGAAAAGGAACAUUUUUCCCUGUUUCCACAUGCCAGAUCACUUCUUACAGUAAUAUCUACACUGUACACAUAACUGAUGUCUUUUAAAACCUAACAUGGCAGUGAAACCCAAAUGUCACCACUGUGAACGUAUUUACUGGAAGCUUUGUGUUCCACAUUUCUCUAGGAACGCGGGGAGGAUCUGUCUCUUCAGCCAGCGAGGGGGAAGACUGAUUAACAACUGUAUCUAGUAUUUCUUUUCCUGUUUCCACCUAUGGCAUGCUGAGCAGAUCUCCCCUUAACUGUUGGCACGGAAUUGCAGUUAUUUAAUUCACAAAAUUAAUUCUGUGCUUCGCAUCAACGUGCUGAAAUAGCAAGCACUAUUCCCCCUCCCUAUUCAGAAAAUAAAAGCCCAAACAUCCCCAGUUUCUCUGCGAAUGCAAAUCUGAGUUAGGUAAAACAUAUUUUCCCUUUGCCAAAAAUAUUUCUGCUCUUCAAGUGACAUUGACAGUAGGCAAGGUUAACAGUAGCUCUCUACUCGGAUUUAGCAGAUGACCACAGAUGGGUUAUUUGUUCCCAAGAGGGUCAUCCAGCCCUGAGCCUAUUUCCGAGCACCAGAAAGAAUAAUUCAAGUGAUAUUUUUUACUUGUAGUCUUGUGACUUAAAGAUCUGAAACUCAAUUUAGCAAAGCAAGCGUGGGGAGACUUCUGUGAAAGGAGGAAACAGCCACAGCCCCCAGAGCAUGAAACCAAGUAUAAGCCUUCAUGGCAUGAUCCUGACAUGUGCUCAGUUCCUGGAGCACCCAGACUUACAGGCACUCAGCAAAUCUCAGGUAGAGAGUCCUGAAGGCACCCAUGAACUUAAACCAGGGCUCUGGGGAACUAUGUGACUAUUUAAACCUCUAAAUACAAAACGGGUUGUUCAAGUUUGAAAAGUCUGAUAUAAUAGUCUUUUGACAACCUUUGUUUUAAAUUUGACAGACGGGAGCCAGCCAGUGGUCUACUUCUCUAUUAAAUGCCAAAGCCUCGAGUAAAACAAGGCCUUGCAAAAGAUUAUUUAGACCUUUCGUGCCAACAGAUCUGUACAGAACUCUCGGAGCCUCAGCAAAAAUCUUUUUUACAAAAGGCAGAAUGUUUAAAUGUCUGUGCAUUUCCAAUUUUAGGACUACAGCAGCACCUUUCGGCUGGGACAGUGCAGCAAUGCGUUCAAAAGCUUCAGGUUAACAGCUAUGUUCCCCCAAAACUGAGCCUCAUGCCAGGAAAGUGCAGGUAUGCACUCUCAUCUGCUCUGCUCUGCAAACCUCAGCCCCUGCCAGCUCAGCGAAUUCUUUCUGCUGGGCUGCAGCCCAUCCCAUUGUUCCCUGAGCAGGCUCUAAUCCAGGUCAGGGAAAAAAAGGUCUUUGGCAUAAUGCAUAAAACUCAUCCCGCCACCAGCUAGAAAAGACCCCUUGUGGUCUCCCAUUGUAGCAGGGCUGACUCAAAGCCCACGGAGGUCAAAUGGGUGUCUGAGAGCUCUGGGUAGGCUUGGGCUGACACCUCCAGCCCUGCUGCCCCACGUCCCAGUCCAGGCAGCCACCAGUACAGUCAGUUCUGUCACUCGCGGGUCUGACCACAGUGCAGUGCCCCUGCCUUGUUACGCAGCUGCCCUGUAGAGUGCAGAGGUGGCUGGACUUCACUGCCGAGUGAUGUAAGCUGUACAUAUGUAGAAAGUUUGUAGGGUGCAUUGGAAUUCUUC